AUGACAAUAGCAUAUUGUGUAAAUGAUGCUAUCAAAAAAAAUGUUGAUGACAUUAGACAAGCCAUCAAUAGUGGGUCCAACAAGCAUAAGGCUUAUGAUAAAUUAGCCUAUAUUGUUGACACAUUUGGUCCUAGAAUGUGGGCAUAACCUAGUAUGGCAUUAGCUGUUGAUUAUCUUUAUAAUUAAAUACAAAAUUGGGAUUCAACUAAAAAUGGUUUGGUGGAGGUUAAAUUGGAAAAAUUGGAUGAAAUAUCAACAUGGGUGAGAGGGAGCGAGUAAUUAAUCUUAAAGAGUCCAAGAAAAAGACCUCAAAAAUUGGGAAUGAUUGGACUUGGCUUAAUUGUUCCAGGCAAUAUAAAGGAUGGAGAAGUGGUUGUGGUUAGAAACUGGAGUGAGUUGGAUGAGAAGGGUAAGGCUAAUAAACUUUAAGGAAAAAUUGUAUGCUAUAAUGUGCCAUGGACAUCUUACAGUAACUUGAAGCUAUAUAGACAACAAGGACUUGACAGAGCAUCUGCCUAUGGAGCUAUUGCUGUACUAUUGAGAAGUGUUGCUUCGUUCUCAAUAUACAGUCCACAUACAGGAAAUGUGAGAUAAUCUGGAACUGUUCCUAAGAUCCCUGGCGCUGCUAUUACAGUUGAAGACGCAGAGAUGCUCCAAAGAAUGUAAGACAGAGGACAGAAGAUUACAGUAGAUUUAGAAUUAAAUUCUGAAAUGAAGCCUUCUGAAAGUCAUAACAUCAUUGCUGAGAUCAAAGGUUCAAAAUAUCCCAAUUAGAUUAUUUUGAUGGGGGGUCAUUUUGAUUCAUGGGAUACCGGAAGUUAAACAGGAGCUAUGGAUGAUGGUGCAGGAACUCUGGUUACUUUAGAAGCCCUUAAGGUGGUGGCUGAUCUAGGAAUCAGACCUCUGAGAACUUUGAGAUGGAUUGCUUGGAGUGGUGAAGAAAUGGGACUUCCUAAUAAUGGAAAUCAACACUAUGCUAAAUAUCAUGGUGAUGAGGAUCAUGUAGUUGCUCUUGAGAAUGACCUUGGUCAAAAGACAGCCAUAGGAUUUGGUUUUUCAGGAAAACUAUAAACAAGUAGAAUGGUCAGACAAUUGAUCAUGAACUACAUUCCUGAUUUGUCAGUUGUCAAUGAGAACGAUGGUUCUGGAGUCGAUACAAAACCAUUAGGUGAUAAAGGAGUUCCAUUGAUGAGAAAUAUCUACAAAGAUCCCAAUGAUGAUUACUACUUCAAGUAUCAUCAUUCUGCCGGAGACACAAUGAAUAUUUUAAAUCCCGAUGAGAUGGAUUCCAAUGUCUUUGCUAUCAGUUCCAUGAUGUACAUCAUUGCUGACAACCCCGAGAGAUUACCUAAAUGAUUUAUCAUAACAAUUAUUAAUUAAAAUUCAAAUG